AUGUCCUUUUCAGUUUUUUCUUUUUUUUUUCUUUCCAGCUCAUUCAGAAGGAGAAGAAAUGGUAAUUUGGAGAAUGAUUUCUUUUUUUCUUUACAAGAUGAGACAGAAGUGUCUGCUCUUUCUUCACUCUUCCUUUCUAUUUUUCUUUUAAUUUUCUCUUUUUUCUUCACUCCUGUCUCCUUUCAUUCAUUUUUUUUAAUUCUUACUCUUUCUUUUUCUUUCUGCCAGCAUGUUUUCAUUAAAUUCUUUGUUUUUACUCAGGAUUAUUGCUUCUUUUCACUUUCUUUUGACUUUUCUAUUUUUACAGAUUUCCAUUCUCUCAUUUCUUUAACAUUUUAUUUUUCCUUUACAAUUUCCUUCUUCAUUUCUUUCCUUAUUUUAUUCAUCUCAGUUUCUUUCUUUUUAUUCAUAUUUUCAUUCAUUUGUUCCUUCCUUCUUGUUUUCCCUGAAGAACUAUUUUUAUUGUUCAUUUUGGCUUGUUUACUUUUAUUUUAUUUCUUUAAUUCUGAAAGGCAGCUGCUUCAGAAUAAAUUGCAUUUAUUUUUCUUCGAAUUUAUUCCAAAAGAAAUAUUAAUCUAA